AUGAAGAAGCAUUACACCCGUACGAUUCUCGCCGAUAUCAACGGCGCCGCGAGAUCCGGGGAGGUCACGGCCAUCAUGGGCGCGAGCGGCUCGGGCAAGACGACGCUCCUGAACAUCCUCGCGCACCGCAUUGCGAAGGAGCGGCGGUCAGGCUCGGUUGAGCUGGACGGUGCAGUGGUUCGCGGGAGUACAAUGCGGCGCAUGUCGGCGUACGUGAUGCAAGACGACCUCAUGUUCCCCGCGCUGACGGUGCGCGAGACGCUCAUGUUCGCAGCGGAGCUGCGCCUUGCGGCGAACGGAGUGACGAAGGAGGAGAAGGAGCGGAAGGUGGAGAGCCUAUUGGAGCUGCUGGGUCUCACCAAAGUGGCCGACUCGCUCAUCGGAAACGAAAGCCAACGCGGCGUGUCCGGCGGGGAGCGCAAGCGCGUGGCGAUCGGGGUGGAGAUGGUGAGCGAUCCGCGGAUCCUCUUCCUCGACGAGCCCACGUCCGGUCUAGACUCCACCAGCGCGUACCGCGUCGUGCGGGCGAUUAAAGACAUCGCCGUGCAGACCGGCAGCAUCGCCAUUAUGGUCCUGCAUCAGCCCAGUUUCCGCGUGCUGUCUUUAAUCGACCGUCUGCUGCUCCUCGCGUCGGGGCAUACUAUUUUCCACGGGCCACCUCCCGAGCUUCCCACGUUCCUCGCGUCGUUCGGCUGUCCCGUGCCGCAGUUCGCUAAUAGCACCGAGUUCGCCCUAGAUCUCAUCGAGGAUUAUCAGUCGGAGCGAGGGGUUGCGGAUCUUGUCGCAUACGCCGCGUCGUACCAGCAGUUGUCGCACAUGUCGCAGGAUUCCCUUCAGUCUUCGCUCACGAAAACGAGCGUCGCAGAGAACGCCGCCGCUCUUACUGCCCCUCAAUGCACUUCGGAGUCGACCUCCUGCCGCGCUGAUGCCGCCGAUGGCGCUGUCGCCGUUCAGAUCGACGGCUGCGAAAAUCCCGCCGUCGAUGCCGCCGUAGUUGCCGCCGCAUCCGCCGCCGCCAUCACCGCGCAGAAGUCCAUGGUCGGGGAGAAAGCGGAGGACAAGGGCGCGGUGGCGGACACUCGGCGGUACGCCAACGGGUGGAUGGGCGAACUAAUGGUUUUGACGAAACGAGCGGCCCUGAAUCUAUGGCGCACGCCGGCUCUCUACCUCCUGCGCCUCGCGCUGGUGGCCGUGACGGGCGUUAUGCUCGCGACGCUCUACUUCAACCCAGACGAGAGCUUGUCGGGCUUCCAGGAGCGGCUCGCAUUCUUCUCCUUCUCCAUCUGCGUGCUCUUCUUCUGCUGCCUGGACGCCGUGCCCAUCUUCAUCGAGGAGCGAAACAUCUUCAUCCGCGAAACCACGCGCAACGCGUACCGCCCCUCCACCUACCUCGUCGCGACGACGCUCGUCUACCUCCCGCUGCAGCUCGCCAUGGCUUCCAUCUUCGUGCUCGAGAACUGGUGGGCGAUUAAUCUCACUGGCGGCGCGGCGGGGUUCUUCUUUAUGCUGCUGACGUGCUUCCUUAUCCUCUUCUCGGCCAGCUCAUUCGCCAUCGCCAUCAGCGUCGUCGUGGACCACGUUGUGCUCGCCUACGCCGCUGGAAUCGCGCUCAUGGCCUACUUCGCCCUCGUUAGCGGCUUCUACAUUCCCAAGUACAGCAUCCCCAACUACUGGAUCUGGCUACACUACCUUUCGCCCAUGAAAUACGCGUACGAGGCGCUUAUUCAGAGCCAAUUCACCCACGGGGGACCCUGCUACAUAGCCGCCGGGAGCAUGUUCGAUAACACUCCGCUGCAGCCAUAUGUUAACGAGACAACGAUGAACAAAGCUUUUCUGGGAAUGAGGUCGCUUUUGGCGGGUACGCCCUACAGCAACAUCUCGGCAGGGACUUGCCUACAGAACGGGCAGCAGCUGAUGACGACAUUGGUGGGGCAGCCCGAUCUCAAUAUGUGGCUGAACCUGCUGGUGCUGUUAGGGUUCGGGCUGCUGAUUCGCUUUAUCACGUUCCUCCUAUUGGUCAGACUCAGAAGCCUGAAGCAGCAAUAG